AAACUAGUACACGGGCCACCCUAUAACUGAAUUGCACGUGUUGACUUUUGUUGUUGACAAUCGCUCCAUUUAUAAAACACAGUUUUGUUUCAUUCUUGGUUUUGUUUGGCUCCAUAUGAAAACAUGUCCAAACGCCAGAAAUUAGAUGCUGAGGAGCAGCUGGAUGAUGGACGAACAGUUCAGGCACGACUGGUGUCAGACAGUGGUGAGGAAGCUGGGCCACCCAUUGAUUUACCGGUCUCCGUAACUGUAGAGCAGCUAGGUCUCAUUUGUAAUGCAUUGCUAAAGAACGAAGAACAUACGCCGUAUCUAUUCUUUGUGGACGAUGAAGAAAUCAAGAAAACACUUAACAACACAUUGGAUUUGAAUACAAUUGACACCGAAAAUGUCAUCAAAAUUGUUUAUCAGCCUCAGGCUGUGUUCAAAGUACGACCUGUCACACGAUGUACAAGUUCUAUGCCUGGUCAUGCAGAAGCAGUAAUAUCCAUUAGCUUUAGUCCAGAUGGAGAGCAUUUAGCUAGUGGUUCCGGUGAUACCACAGUUCGCUUAUGGGAUCUAACCACAGAGACACCACAUUACACAUGCACGGGGCACAAACAAUGGGUGAUGUGUGUUGCAUGGUCACCUGAUGGCAAAAAAUUGGCAAGUGCUUGUAAAGCAGGCAAUAUUAUAUUGUGGGAUCCUAAAAAUGGAAAGCAAGUUGGUCGCACAUUGACCGGUCAUAAGAAAUGGGUAAACUGCUUAAGUUGGGAACCUUAUCAUCAGAAUCCCGACUGUCGCAGACUAGCCAGUGCGGGUACCGAUGGAGAUUGCCGUAUUUGGGACACUAUUUUAGGACAGUGUGUACUAAAUAUAUCAGGACAUUCCAGUUCGGUAACAGCUGUACGAUGGGGUGGUUCUGGACUUAUUUACACUUCAUCUAAAGAUCGUACAGUAAAGAUGUGGCGCGCAGAUGAUGGUGUACUUUGUCGAACAUUCUCUGGGCAUGCACACUGGGUGAAUAGCAUAGCACUUAAUACAGAUUAUGUAUUGCGAACAGGUCCCUACCAUCCAGUAACUGAUCGUCAGAAAAAAUAUGCAGAAAUUCAAAAGGACGAACUAAAAGAAAUGGCUUUGCAAAGAUAUAAAAAGGUGUGUCCUGAUGGUGUUGAAUCUCUGGUAUCAUGUUCAGAUGACUUUACGCUGUACCUGUGGCAUUCCAAUCAAAAUAAAUGUAUACAACGCAUGACAGGUCAUCAAAAUGUUGUCAAUGAUGUAAAGUACUCACCUGAUGUUAAGCUUAUUGCAUCUGCCUCUUUCGACAAAUCUAUACGUUUAUGGCGCGCCCAAGAUGGUCAAUUUAUAACAACAUUCAGAGGACACGUUCAAGCUGCCUAUACAUUAGCGUGGUCUGCAGAUUCGCGGUUGUUAGUCAGUGGUAGUAAAGAUUCAACAUUAAAGGUAUGGAGCAUUCAAACGAAGAAAUUAGCGCAGGAAUUGCCCGGUCACGCAGAUGAGGUUUUCGCUGUGGAUUGGGCGCCUGAUGGGACGCGAGUGGCAUCUGGCGGCAAGGACAAAGUAGUGAAAUUGUGGGCUUAUUAGAACAGAGAAGGAUGAGACAAAUAAAGCAAAAAACGUUUAUAAUUAUUUAUACUACAUGUUUAUUCGCACGUUUAAAUAAAUCAAACGACAAAAUUGUCAAAUAUAUAAUCAA